AGAAAGGAAGACCCAUCGUCACCACAGACUUCUGCAGUCAUGGCUACUGGUGGUCUGGUGAAGACCUGCCUGCUGGGGGCGCUCGCCCUCCUCUCCAUAGGUGCCGCCCACGCUGACGAGAACCCAUGUGAGGCUACGGACACGUCACCCAUCGAUUACCCGCAGGCGCUCUGCAUGUCAUUCUUCUUCUACGAAGCUCAACGGUCCGGUAAACUACCAGAAAAUAACCGCGUCCCAUGGCGAGGUGACUCUGCCCUGGACGACGGUGCUGAUGUGGGCCAUGACCUUACUGGUGGAUACUACGAUGCUGGUGACAUGGUUAAGUACGGCUUCCCUAUGUCCUUUUCCAUCACCAUGUUGGCCUGGGGUCUCCUCGACUUCUCUGACGGCUACAGUAAAGCGGGCCAGACUGAUUACGCGUUGGAUGCCAUCAAGUGGGGUACUGUCUACUUCAUCAAGUGUUACACCUCAACGAAUGAGUUCUGGGGCCAGGUCGGAAACAGUGAAAUUGACCACUACUUGUGGGAACGACCAGAAGUUAUGACAGAGGAACGACCUUCUUACAAGAUUGACGAGGAAAAUCCUGGUACGGAACUGGCUGCUGAGACAGCUGCCGCUCUUGCUGCUUCCUACUUGGUGUUCAGGGAUACGGACGCUGACUACGCCGAGGAGUUACUAGCCCUGGCCAAGGAACUCUACGAGUUCGGUGAUAACUUCCGUGGAAACUACGACGAUGCGAUCCCGGACGCCUACGAUUCAUUUAACGGGUAUGGUGACGAGCUGCUCUGGGCUGCUCUGUGGCUGUACAGAGCAACGGAGGACGAGAGUUACCUCACCCGCGCCGAGGGUCACUGGGACGAGUUCAACUUUGAGUACUCAGCAGCUUUUCAGUUCUCCUGGGACGACAAGACGGCCGGAAUCUAUGCGCUCUUCUGGCUGCUGGACGGUUCACAGAAAUAUCUGGACCACCUCACCACCUACCUGGAUUACCUGCAGAACACCGCCCCAUACACCCCAGAGGGUCUGGUCUUCCUCUCUGAGUGGGGAUCAAACAGGCAUGCUGCUAAUGUUGCCUUCCUCGCUCUCUGGGCUGCCAAACAAGGUGUGGACACGUCAGUGAACAGCGAGUGGGGUCAGGAUCAGAUGGACCAGCUUCUGGGUGCCAACUCUCGCUACAACAUGACCUUCGUUGUGGGCUUCGGUGACAAGUAUCCUGAAAGACCUCACCAUCGCUCCAGCUCGUGUCCCGACCCCCCUGAGGUUUGUGACUUCGGCUGGGCUUUCACCCAGCCUGGACCCAACCCACACGUCCUAUAUGGUGCCUUGGUCGGUGGACCAGAUGAGAACGGCGACUACGAGGACGACCGCUCUAACUACGUGCAGAAUGAAGUCGCCUGUGACUACAAUGCAGCCUACAGCGGUGCUCUAGCUGCUGUCAUAGAGCUUAUUUGAGCUUCUCACGUAGAGCUUAGUUAAGAGCUGCUCUUACAGAUCUCAGAAGAUUCUUCGCCUCGCGAUACUAAAUGCAUUGUCUAAGCAACGAUUGCUGAGUCUGCUGUCACAUAUCUCUCUCUCUCUCUCUCUCUCUCUCUCUCUCUCUCUCUCUCUCUCUCUCUCUCUCUCUCUCUCUCUCUCUCUCUCUC